CCCGCAGGGAGAGGGAGAGCGAGGGAGGAAUGAACGUUGUUCACAGAAUGGCUGCAGCCUCGCGUUCUCUUCCUCUCCUCUCCAGUUUCCAAACCCUAACUUAUCCCCUUCCGAGAACGCUCCUCCUCCCAAGCGCCGGGAGAACCUUGGCCGUUGCCUCUAGGGUUCCGGCCGGGAAGACAUACGGGCUCUCGCGGUCCUUCUCACCAGUCGCGGUGGCGACGGAGGACGCGGUCGAGACCGAGGAGAGAAGGAAGAAGGAGGAUUCAGUGGAGAAGAGGGUCGUCUUGCCUACCAACGAGUCGUCCCAGAGGUUGCUUCGCGUUCGCCACACGUGUGCACAUGUGAUGGCCAUGGCUGUUCAGAAACUCUUCCCAGGUUCUAAAGUGACUAUAGGUCCAUGGAUAGACAAUGGGUUUUAUUAUGACUUUGAUAUGGAGCCUUUAGCAGACAAAGACCUAAAGAGAAUAAAAAAAGAAAUGGAUCGCAUCAUUAAUCGAAAUCUACCAUUAAUAAGGGAAGAACUUUCCAGAGAAGAGGCUAAAAGAAGAAUCAUGGCCCUUAAUGAACCAUAUAAAUUGGAGAUUUUGGAAAGCAUCAGGGAAGAACCUAUCACCAUAUAUCAUAUAGGAAAUGAAUGGUGGGACCUCUGUGCUGGACCCCAUGUUGAUUCCACUGGGCAUAUAAAUAAGAAGGCUGUUGAACUUGAAUCAGUUGCUGGGGCCUACUGGAGAGGCGAUGAGAACAAACCAAUGCUGCAGAGGAUAUAUGGCACAGCAUGGGAGACUGAAGAACAACUAAAAGCAUACCUUCACUUAAAAGAGGAGGCGAAGCGCCGUGAUCAUAGGCGUCUUGGUCAGGAUCUUGAUCUGUUCUCUAUACAGGAAGAAGCAGGUGGUGGACUGGUAUUUUGGCAUCCAAAAGGUGCCAUUGUUAGGCACCUUAUUGAAGAUUCAUGGAAGAAAAUUCAUUUGCAACAUGGUUAUGAGCUACUCUACACUCCCCAUGUUGCAAAGGCAGACCUUUGGAAAAUCAGUGGCCACUUAGAUUUUUAUGGAGAAAAUAUGUAUGACCAAAUGAAUAUAGAAGAUGAACUUUAUCAACUUCGGCCCAUGAAUUGUCCUUAUCAUAUUUUAGUUUACAAAAGGAAGCUGCAUUCAUACAGAGAUUUUCCCAUCAGAGUAGCAGAGUUGGGAACAGUGUACAGAUAUGAGCUAUCUGGUAGCUUGCAUGGGCUCUUUCGUGUAAGAGGAUUCACCCAGGAUGAUGCACAUAUAUUCUGUUUGGAUGACCAAAUCAAAGGUGAAAUCAGGGGUGUUCUUGAUCUGACUGAGGAGAUAUUACUGCAAUUUGGUUUUAAUAAAUAUGAAGUAAACCUUUCAACUAGGCCAGAGAAAGCUGUGGGCAAUGCUGACAUAUGGGAAAAAGCAACUGCUGCCCUUAGAGAUGCUUUAGAUGACAAAGGUUGGGAGUACCAGAUUGAUGAAGGUGGUGGUGCUUUCUAUGGUCCAAAGAUUGAUCUCAAAAUUGAGGAUGCUCUUGGAAGGAAGUGGCAGUGCUCAACUGUGCAGGUUGACUUCAAUUUGCCUGAGCGUUUUGAUAUUUCCUAUGUGGAUUCAAAUGCUGAGAAAAGAAGGCCUAUCAUGAUUCACAGAGCUGUUCUUGGGUCUUUAGAGAGAUUUUUUGGAGUCCUCAUAGAGCACUAUGCGGGCGACUUUCCGCUUUGGAUAUCCCCAAUCCAAGCUCGUGUUUUGCCUGUCACUGACAUAGAGGUUAAAUACUGCGGUGAGGUGGUGUCGAGGCUGAAAUCUUUUGGCAUCAGAGCUGAGCUUUGUCAUGGCGAGCGCCUUCCAAAGCUUGUAAGGAAUGCAGAGAAGCAGAAGGUGCCCCUGAUGGCUGUUGUUGGGCCAAAGGAAGUUGAGGCCCAAACAGUAACUGUUAGAUCUCGAAUGGGUGGUGAGGUUGGGACCAUGACUAUUGAUGAGUUCAUCAGCAAAAUCCUGUUUACCAUUGAGAACAGAACUUCAUUAUAGAGAGCCUGUUGUACAUGUGACUGAUGGUGAUCCGAAAAGCAGCAAUCUUGACUCCAGAUAAAUUGAAUUUACAUAGGCAGUAAGUACAGAGGUUCAAUCUUAAGUGUGCUACAGGUUGCACCCCCACCCCCGAUCCUUUUUUUUUUUGCUUACAAAUCCAUUUCAUGUGUUUUCAACUAAUAAAUGAAGCUUUUACUCAAUUAUUUUGUAAUAGAUGUGCACUUAUUACACAGAUUUGUAUGAUAUACAGUUUGUAUACCUAAUUAUAAUUGUACAAGUGCA